GCUGGGAGGCCAAUGGCUGCAGUGUUUCUGGUGAUGUUAUACGAGUACUCGCCGCUUUUCUACAUAACGCUCAUCUUCGUCUGUUUUUUUGUAACGACAGCUGUGAUAUUUGGAUGGUUUGUUUGGGAUAUUCCUGUGAUAAUCCGUAAUUCAGAGGAGACAGAGUCCGGGCCUGGGGUGCAGAGGAAGCGCAUGGUGCAAGUGAAAAACCCCUUCGCCUUGGAAAUUAUAAAUUCCCUUACAGCGUCUGUUACAGGUGGAAUAACCUUCAAAUCAAACUGCAUAGAGAAAUGUACUUUGACCAUCUAUUGGGGAUGCAGUGUUCAUAAACUCCAUGAAGGAUUACAAAAACACAUUUACUGCUUUAGAAUAAGGCUGCCACAGAAACUAGAGGAAGCAAUAGACAAAGAAUAUCUCUAUCGAGAGGAAUUUCUGUAUCUUUUUUCAUUUCUGAUGACCAGGCUUAGUAUUGAGAAAGAAAGUGAUGACGAAAUAUUCCCUCGGCUUCCUGAAUAUUUAGCAAUUAAAGACUUCGGGGAUCUUCCGCGAGCGCGAUAUCCAAUAGUGGCAUUGCUAACAUUAACAGAAGAAGAAAAUUGGGAUAUUUAUGAAAUUAUUUCAAUGGUAACCGUAAUCCAUGUUCCCGAUGAGAAGUACAAACUUGCCUGUCGUAUUUUGUACCAGUAUCUACUGACUGCUCAGGGUCAUGUAUAUGACCUUAAGAGACUUUUUGUAUCUGCUGGUGAUAGCAGCAUGCCUGAGGAGAUGCCUUCAGAAGCUGAUGGUGUGGACAAAAAACUUCUCGAAAAAUUUGGCACUGCAGGAGAGGAAUUUGACUUGUGGAAAGAAAACAGCAAAGAUUGUGUUGUGUGCCAGAAUGCUCCUGUGAACUGGGUUUUGCUCCCAUGCAGACAUGCUUGUUUGUGUGACUGUUGUGUGACCUACUUCAAUCAAUGCCCGAUGUGUAGAGAAUUUGUUUGUGAAUCUUUUGCACUUAAAAGUUCUGGAGUACGAACUGAGGAGAAUAUUGAUGUUGUUGAAAAUGAAGCUGAUGAUCCAAUACUGGGAAAUCCAUUUGAGUGAAUCAUUCAUAAUGGUAUAAAUGCAAGGUUUAAUUUUUCAAGGAAAAAAAAACAGAUUUUGCUUUUAUUGUACUGAAAGUUUAUGUGCAAUCUACAGAAGAAGCGAUGAAUGAUUUAAGGCACACUGUAAUGAAGUAACACAAGGUACUAAAAUAUUGUCUACACUCUGAUGAAUUUACAACAUGUCAGCUUGUUUUCUUGCUUGGAGUUGGAGAAGAAAACUAAAUCGUCUGGUAUCCCAACAGUUAAAACUAAUGUUGUUCCAAAACAUGCACAUACUGAUUAAUUCAAAUAAGCCUAGAACUCUUAAAUGCUGUUUUGCUCCAACUAUAUCAAGCUUUAACUGUGUCUAGGGUGCUUGCAAAUUUCAGGUUUAAUAAGUUAACUGUAUACUCUGGACAGUUUGGGGGAAUCAAAAAAGGGUUAAUUUAUGUCAAGACUGAUGUCCAAGGUGAAGAUAAAGCAUUACAAGAGUACUCCAGUUUCUGUAUUUCCUGAUUAUUUUAUUCAGAGGAAGGAAUUUAGAAGGAAGCACUCAACCUAAACCUAAUUAUGUUGUACAGUGUACAUAUGACCUUUCUACAAAGAAAAUUCCUGUAUUUUAUGAACAAUUAUUACCAGUUAGGUUAAUAUUGUUUCUAAGGAUGAAGGUUAUUUGAAAAUUGUUUUACAGUGAACAGUAUGCGAAAUAAAAUAUUGUAUAUUUAUUUCAAAAUCA